UUGUCACGAACGCGACGUAAGGAACUCAAGAUCAUAAACGUGAGCGCCUGCGCGAGGGAGUAGUUGCUGCUUGUCAAAAAUAGGUCAAGCUCAUACAACCACUUUUCGUCUGCUGCUGUCGUGAAAGUCGGAAAAACAACAACAAAUCCGAGAACGAAAAAGGAAUCAAACAUUCGAUUCGAAGGUCUUUUAGCAGCAGCUUAUUAUAUUGGUAAUCCAGAAGUAGUGUGUUUUGCAGUGGAAAGGUGGAGAAGGUUGACCUUGACUAGACUAGUGAGUGAGGGCCACUCGAUUCACGAACGUGUAUACGCUCACGCGUAUAGCUUGGUAACGCUUGUGGAAAUAUAAAACCGUCGAGACUUUAUAUAAAAAUGUCUUGAUCCACUGGAGUCAAACUCGGUCGUGUUUUUAUCGAAGCGCCAUGUCUUCAAGGAAGUUUUCCCUCCAUUUCUGUUUGAGUUUGUUGUUGUGCUUCCUCGGUGUUGAUUCUUCUAGUUUGCAUUGCCCAGCAGAUAUUUGCCAGUGUUAUGAAAACCAUUUAGAAGAAACAGUUUGGAAUUGCACAAGACUAACAUCAGCCAGCCAACUUUGGAAUGGUGGACAUUUGCCGCUUCAUGGUGACCUUCAAAAAUCUGAACUUGUGCAACAUCUCCUCAUUGCAGAUUCAAAAAUAGAUUUUCCUGAUGAUUUAACUCCUUAUUUCCCCAAUCUCAAGACAUUGGAGCUAUCCAAUAACUUGAUCAUUUGUUCAAAACAUUUGAUUUGGCUACUUAAAUUGAAUGACAAGCUUCAAGACCCAGAAAACAUACAAUGUACCUCACCCCAAACUUUUAAUGGAACUCAAAUCUUGAAGGCCUUGCAGUUAAUUCAUGAUGUGGAUGCCAGGUGUCCUGAGCGCUGUGUGUGUGAAUUAGCUCAUGUUCACAAAGAUGAUCAAUAUGUCACAGUCAGGGUUAGCUGUAACAACCUUGGAUUAACAGAAAUACCCAAGACUCUUCCAGAAAAUGUGACCAUUCAUAUGGAUCUGAGCAACAAUAGAAUUGAAGAUGUAAGUGAGCUAACUAAAAAUCCCAGCUACAGCAGAGUGACUGUUUUAUAUCUAGCCAAUAACCGAAUCCAAUCAAUUUCAAGCUUGGAGGAUUCUGAUUGGAUCAAACAGUUUAGUCUGUUAAGUCUUCAAGGAAACCUUCUAAAAGAAAUCCCUACAGAUGCACUGAAUAAUGUAUUUCAUCAUCAAGACAUCAACGGCGUUCGCAUGCUUCUUAGUAACAAUCCCUGGAAAUGUGACUGCAUUACCAUUACCCAGUUUCAGUCGUUUAUUGCCAAGCACAAACAGCUGGUCAAAGAUGUUAGCAAUGUCACGUGCGGCCCAGCAGAAGGGGAAAGCGCUGGCAAAAAGGUAAUUGCCGUAGAGCUGACCAGCGUUUGCAGCACUGUGGGAAACAACGCUAUAAAUCUUAUGGAUGUGUUAAAUGUAAUCUUGGCUCUUUUAACUCUGGCUACCAUCGGCAAACUCCUUUAUGACUAUUACGCUUAUCGCAAGACGGGGCAACUACCGUGGAUCGCUAGCAAACUGCCAUAAGUUUGAUUAGUUUUUUUUUUUUUAACAAAUAUGUCAAAAAGCUCUGGUCUAUCCAAAAUAUUAAUUUUUUACACGUGCAUGCAUAGAGUAUAACCAUUUCGCGCUUGCAGCUCAAUUGUUUCAUAAAAUUUUGUUCUACUUCAUGGUACAAAUUAAGUUUUUAUUCUUUUGCAAAAUUUUGUGACGUAUUUACUUGUUAUUUGUUGCUCCAGCGCCUUUUUACCGGUUAUUCAUUCGUCAGUGUCGUGUGUGUCUAUUUGUUGCCUCACAUCUUUCUUGUCAAUCAAAAUUUUUGUUUAACAUGAAAUAAUACAAUUUAGUCAGCUGGCGACUGGUAUUUUAAAAUCA